AUGCUUCAUAUUGACAAAAUUGAUACUCUUAUGAAAGAGCCGCUUAGUAUUGCAGCUAGUGCUCUGACGUCAGGUGAAAUAUAUGAAGUACUUUUAAGGUUGAAUCAUCCACUUGGUACGUAUAAAAGCAAUGGAUUCUUUAGAGCAGACCACCAGGGCAAGAUUGACCUGACCAAUACGGCCCCUCUACGAGGAACCUAUUGCGAUUUGAGACCCAUGGGUUUGUUUGAAAGUCUGCAGCCAUGUGAAGAUGUUCGUUUCGGAAGCUACUGUAAGUGCACACCACCAAAUCCCUUCAAAUUUGUCGUUGAGUUACGCAACUGCACUGGCCAGCUCUUGUGUUCAUUGCCACUGAUAAAGCGCUGGGUUCAUCCAUCGGUUCUUCGAAAAGAAAUUGAUGAAGACGGAAUAUGCGGCACACUUUUCAUACCACCAGGGGAAGGGCCUUUUCCAACCAUACUGGAUAUGUCCGGCACUGGUGGAGGCAUCAACGAACAUAAGGGAGCCAGCUUAGCGUCUGAAGGAUUCUGCGUCUUAUCCCUGGCCUUCUUUCAAUAUAAAACGCUUAUCAGCGACUUAAACGAUCUUGACUUGGACUAUUUCAGCAAAGCCAUACAUUGGUUGAUAGCUCUUCCAUUUACCAGUAAUGAGAUAGGUGUUCAAGGAAAUUCUUUCGGAGGACUGCUGGCGAAUAUGCUUGCCGUUAGAAUCCCUGAGAUAGUUGCUGUAUGCUCCAUAAACGGGUCUCAUGCCAUAAGUGAGACGGUAAAAAUCAAGGAACAUGGUAAACGGCUUCCCUAUGCAGCGAUCCCCAUCGAAAAAAUCUAUUUUAUCAACGAGGCGAUGUGUUACGACAAAGCCAUUCAACAUAUGAAAGUCACAGAAGAGACAGAUAUAAAAAUAGAAACAGCGCCCAGUCGGACAGCAUUCAGAUUAGUGGCCUCAAUUGAUGAUCUCUCCACAUCGACGGUAUUCGUCACCAGAUAUCUCGAAAGAAAACUUAGAGAAAGUAACCAUUAUGUCGAAGUGGACAUGGUACCGGGAGGUCAUCUAAUGGAACCACCAUACUUUCCUGCUCAUGGAGUAGUGUAUGCAAAGUUUGCAGACUCCAUACAAGCAUACGGCGGAGAGCCAUGCAUGCAUGGAGCAAGGCAGGAUCAAGUAUGGUCUAACACAGUGGUAUUCUUCAAGCGAUUCCUCGGCAACCCUCAGCCACUCGCGGACUACCGAACUCAGACAUUUGGGCGAUCUCAUUUGUGAUAGUGAAUGUUAGGAACCAAUAUGGA